UUUUUUCAUGAUUGGUGAUAACAGCAAGCACGAACGAGGACGAAAUCUAGAUAACCCGGUUCUUCUGACUCGUCCUUCAGGCCACUCAUAAUCUAGUCUGUCCCCCACAUGUAAUUUAUAUGUAGUCUCUGCAUUAGAUAUGGGCUAGAAAAGUUGAUCUACUCAGUAAUGUGUUUUUGUGUAUUACAAGGAAUUAACGCUUUUCCAUCAGAUUAAUUCGGAAUUGUUCCACCUCUUCGAGACGCUCAAUCAACCAAGUUGAAGUUGUGAAAAAGCUUGUGGUCUUGUACUAGGUACUUGUGUGUCUACUACAUGGCAAAGAAAUUCUCUUCACAUGUAGGGAACGGAAACAAAUACGUCCCGAUUUCGACGCUACCUGGUCAGACUAAGAGGUGUAAAUCUACCAGCAUAACGCGUAAAAUGUAAGCGUAUUGAUUUGCUUGUAUGUCUCCAUUCAUCAUUAUUUGCUUGUGUGUCUUGGUCACACAUUCGCAUGUGCGGUUUGAUGACGUAUUAUUACAAGUCAAUACAAAUGCAUCCUUGAAGAGACUGUUAUUUCUUCAUGAUCUUUGUAUUUUGGUAAGCCUAUGUUGACGUAAUUGAUGAUUGUUAUUAUUUGAGUAGGUUUUGUGUUUGACGGCUCUAGUUUUACUGUGUGGAGUGCUGAUGCAUGAAAAUUCAACGUGUGGAUGUUGCGUUAAGCCAAAUUCAAACAGUUGAUUUUCUGUCUACCCUCAACACGCUAGUACGCCAGCACAGUGAAAUAUUUAUAAAUAUACUCAAACCAUCUAUGUUUUUUGCCGCUACUGUUAAUCUACACUGACUUGCUUAAAUAAGAACAGAGCAAUUAUUUUUUUGUCUUUAUAAUUGUAACAUAUACACAUCAGAGGCGACAAGAUGGCGCAAGCGUCCAGCAAACUUGUGAAGGCGAUGUCGGGUCCCUUGGGGCCCGCAUCGUUCUUGUUUCGACUGCUAGUCGUUGUAUCGUUGGUAUUUUCAACGUUCCUGCUUCUCGGUGUGGAGUCCAGUGAGGUGAACCCGCAGUCGUCCAACAACAUCGCUUCAUCUGAUGAACAAAAUGAAGCUGCUCGUCCUGCUGCGCUUUGGAAAAUAUACAACUUGGGCAAUAAGGAAGCCAGUUCGUCUGGAACGUUUUUCUCGAACAUGUUGUCGAACAUCGUAUCCAAAGUUUAUACCUUGGUUGAUGGUGGAAACGAUGCUCCCGUUCGAAGACUCCCAGGAACGAAAGGAGGUUAUUCUGCCCCAAUGCCUGCUCCAGCUCCGCAACCAGUAUACACGCCCGCGCCAGCACCCGUAUAUACUCCCGCGCCAGCACCGGUUCCGGUAGAAACAAUUUCUGCUCAAUUCGAACUAUAAUCAGAUCAAGAUGUAUCUGUAACUGUAACCAAACAUCAUUAUAUUAUAAGCGACGAAUACGAAUUGCAGAGCAAUUAUGAAACAAGUCACUCAUAUUCAAAUUCAUUUACUUUGAUUAUGUUGACUUUUUCCAACUCCUUCUCAUUCCGGCAACCACAACCUCGACUCUUAAUACAACAGGCGCCAACGCCAGUGCCUGUGCCAGCUCCUGUUCCAGUACCAACGCCAGCGCCUGUUCUUGUUCCUGUACCGGCACCAGAUCCGGUGCCAGCGCCUGUUCUGGUGCCAGCGCCUAUUCCCGUACCUUCUCCUGCCCCGGUUCCAGCACCUGCUCCGGCGCCAGUGUACACGGUAGCACCAACACCAACUCCGGCGCCUACUCCUCGCGUCGUAGCGACGCCUGCACCAACGCCCGUGCCGGUGCCGGUGCCAGUACCCGUUCCGGUGCCUGCGCCAGCGCCUACAACGCAGCAAGCCAGUGCAGCCGCCAUUUUAGCUGCGAAUGCUGCCGCGCAGAACGGUGCUGCAACACCAGCUCCGUACCAACCUACUUAUGUGGCGGCGGCUACCGUGACUACAACAACGCCGGCUCCGAACACUGACGCUCCGCCUGGCUCGGCGUUCACAGCAGCCGACCAGGUGGUGGCUGUGCCGGCUGCGAUGACAUUGGACGUUCCGGAUGGAAAGACGGUGACUGAUCUGCAAGGCGACGACGCGUUCAAAACGGCUUUGUGUGACGCAUUGAAGCAAGCAAUGUCGGCACCUAGCACCCAGGUGUGUCGCGUGCUCACCAUUCGCAAAAACACGCGAAGGCGAAGCUUGCGCGGCGCAAGCCACCCUAGCAAGGCCUCUCAAGAGCUCGCUAACAACGCGAUCGCCGAAGCGGCGCGUGCAGAAAACUCGAUGGCAAUUAUUGCAGCUGCUUCCCAAGGCUCUAGAAGUAGCAGAGGCCCAAAGAGAGUAUAUUCCACGUCAAAGGCCGCAGUAUUCGCUGCCCCGCUGAAGCUGAUUGCUCCGCCAGCGCAACUUGACCAGAGCCAGAUCCAGAUGAAGUCCUCGAUGUCGACUGCAGUAGUUAGAGUCGGUGGAUCAAGUAGGAGAUUGGCACAGGAAAAUCUAGCAGUCGAAUUCGAGUUGAAGGUUGCGUCUGCAAGCGACGGUGACGCCUUGGUCCAAAGCGCUUCCGCGAGCGACAUGCAGACAAAGCUAAAGACGGAAAUGAACACGGCGCUUGCCGCGCAGCCGUCUUUAUCUUCGAUGUCCGUGACCAGCGUGGUGCCGGACACGACUGCCUUGAAGUACGCCCAAGUGCAUGAGGUGGACUGGAGUGUGAUGAGCGGAAGCGAGUAUCGCAUGGUCGUCUGUGAUAAGGGCAACAAGGUGCGCUUUAAGUGGACCGGUUUGAGCUGGGCGCACGAUCUGUGGCGGUUGCCGCUCGAGAGCGACUACGUGGGCUGCAACUUCCAAAGCGGCGCGAUGCAGAUGGCACCGCAGGGAAACAGCGGCGAGUACACGCUGAGCUGCGACACGAUGGGCAUGCACUUCUUCUCCUGCUCUGUCACGGGACACUGCACGGACGCCAAGCAGAAGAUUCGUGUACAGGUGACCGACAAGGGCCAAACCGCGGUGCUGCGCGCGAGAAUGAACAAUGACCCUGCUUAUAUGACCCCGCACUGGUCGUACGCGAUGGCCAUGGAGUCCUACUUCGUUGACGCUGACUACAACAACGGUUUCCAGACCGAUGCAGCGGCAGACACAGCGCAGUGGCGCCUCUGGUGCGUGCUUCCACACUGCGAUCACGGCGACGCUACCGCAGAUUGGUUCCCGGCGAGUGCCAACUCAAAGGAACUGUGCGAAGCUUUCGUCGAAGCAGAUAUCGGCUACGCGUACCGUAAGCGGCCCACGCCGAACUACGCCAAAGCAGAGGAGUACUACGAUAAGGCACUCGCAAUCAUGCCCAACCUGUGCGCACCUCUGUCCUACAAAACCGGGAUGUACAUUCAGAUGGGCGACGCCGCGAGCGCGCAUGGUCUCUUUCCUGCAGCCUGUGCCGCUUGUGGUGACCUCAGCAUGGACAUGGAGCUUGUCAAAGAGGGCUACGACGGCCGCAGUUGGGCAUACCCAUGUGGGACCGACUGCUCCGGAUCGAGCUGCCGGGCAUACUCCGUGGUACAGGCAAUACUACUUCCUUGAUGUCACAUUAUUCAACAGUUGUCCAUCUUGUUACUUGGAUUGGCUAGCACUUUCUCUUUCUCUCUCAGAAUACUUGACGUUGACUGGUUGACCGAUAUUCGAAAGCCACUGGCAUUUUGGUUCAUAAAGGAGCAAAGUAAGUAAAUAAUAGGGACUCUGCCUCCUCGCCCUGUUCCUGUUGAUGUUGUAUUAUCUUUCCGUAGAAGAUAUCGCGAAGUAGUAGAUCUAGACGUGGCGCUGGCCGGGCCCGGGCCCGGGGUUGAUGUGCAAUUGUGACGAUGAUCCAUAGUGCCAUUCUACUACUACUACUACUACUACUACUACUACUACUACUACUACUACUGUACUUGCUUUUGAUGUCCCACUCCAACAUCACAGGUGAACGCGCCUACGGUUGGCGGUGGCGGAGCAUCUGGAGACGGGAGUGGUGGCAUUGAGACUGAACAGGGUGGCAUUGCGGGUGGACUGGUCAUCGUCCUUGCGGCCGCUGGUGGUCUCCUCAUUUUUGGGGGUGCGGCUAUCGGCUACUAUACUUACGCCCGCGGCCAGCCAAACGCUGGCAUCCAGCAAGGAACUGUCGUGAAAAUGAGGCCGGGUUCGAUUUCGAAAGGCGCUAACGACAGUCCCAACGGUGCCGACAACCCUUGCUCUGCGUACGCUACGAAAAUGGCAGACGCACAGGAUGCUGGUUUUGUUAAGGGUUCUGCGCCUGAAAGCAUGCCACCGCAGAUGAACAAGCACAGGUCUAGUAGAGCCAAGGUGUUCGUCGAUGAGUCGUCCGCGGACCCAGCGACCGAUCCGGACACAGGCAAGAAAAGGAGGAAGAAGCGAAGCAGUACCAGGGCCGAUAUUUUGGAGACUGGCAGUGUCGACCAAUCUUCCAUAACGACUGGGUCAACGCGUGCCAGCAAAAGCUCUGGCGGGAGCGGCCAAGCACCGGGUAUUCAGAAGCCCCAGCGUCGUUCUAGCUCGGACAAAGUGGCCGCUCCAGGAGGAUCAUUAGCAUUACAAGACGCUUCGUCCAGGCGCAAGCCACAAAAAUAAGCAGGAACAUCGCUGCUCAUAGUAUCAGUGAAGUACUCUCUAGUAAGUUGUAUAGAAUGUGUAGAUGAAGUAGAGAGAGAUCGAUCUGAUAGUCGUCAGAACUGUUAUCAAGAUUGAGGCGCGAAAAGAUUCCAUUAGUCAUAAAAUAGUAAGGGAAAAUCUAGUAGUCGGAAUUCAUGAAUUUCUUAUCAUAAAAUAUUCAGCAAUAUAUUUAUAAGGUGGUAGAACAAAUUGUGCAAUAAUAGCAAAUCAUCACUCAUCAGCAAUUUGUAAUUAGUCGCUAACAAACAAAAUGUAAAAGAACAAAAACUUCAAUUGUGGCGUAUAUGCUAUUUCAACAAGAAGAGCCACGCACUGUGUCUAGACUGUGAUCGAACAAUAAAAUAUGUGUGAUAUUACGAACAUUCCGAACAAGAGGAAAUCGCUGAACAAGGCCUUCAGCUACAUAAUGCAUUUCUAGACGGAUCAGACAGAAAACGUCCUUAAGUCAAGGUAUAUCAGUAGUGCUAGAAGUACUAGUUGAAGUCGUGUCGAAUUCAAAAGUACUCAGUAAGCUUGAUAAAUUGAUGAGUUAUAUUCAAGUACACGUUUUCCACUUAUUGAUCAUUGAUUCAUCUUGCUUUCAUCUUUUGCGAAGAGGUUUUCGAAAUCUCCCACCAAAAAGUCUUUCAUUAGUUUCAGGAUGUCUUCUUUUUUCGAAUAAUCUUCUAUAGUCAUGAGGCUGCAAGUAAAUUUUUCGACGUUGCUAGUCUACAUUGUCUUAUCUGUCGCUGUCCUGCUCCUGAAGAUUCCUUCUUGUACUAGAACCCUUUUGUAGAAGAACCCUCAAACCACGUGGAAACUCAUCUAGGAGGCAGGCAUUGGUAUCUUGUCAGCGAGCGCUUCUGAGAUUGUGGCCGCUGUUGACACAAAGGCACAACAACUUCCAAGAAGCGGUCUUUAGAAUCCAUUCUGUCGUCAUAGACAUGGAGAAGCGAGAACUAUAAAAUCUACGCAGGCGGGCUGAAGAGGGAAUUGAAAUCGGAGACGCAGCACAGUGAGACAGUUUCGCGGUGCGAGGGCAUCGAAAAUGCCAAUGUGCAGAUCCUCACCGCAGCAUGGAUGGAAACACAGUUGUAGGGUCCUAACCUUAAGUAUCAAAUCUCUGUUAUCUCUUCUUGCUCAUUAAAUCUUUAGUUUCUUGUUAGGCUUGCACAUGAUGACAUAUAUCAGGGUCGUUAUCGUCCUUGUCCAAACAUGAAUGUUCGGGCUUUCGAAGUAGUCGCUCAUCGAACUAAAGCGUUUACAUUCAUUGCAUUUGUGAAGAGGUUAUGCAGGUAAAAAAGAAUAUGUCAUCCAUUAUUUCUUACUCAGAAGAACAGUUCGAUGCCUUUCUCCGAAGUUCAGAUACUUCGAUGUGUGUGUGUGUGUGUGAUUGGGAAGUCAUCAAGAAAGUCCCAAUACUAAGAUUCGCGCAUGAUGCAUUUUAUUCCGUGUGCGGGCAUUGUUGCUUGAAUGUAAUACACAAGCAGAAACUUGAAAUUGGAGACAAAAUUCCACGGAAUCAGAAACAAAUGUUUGUAGAAUUGUCGUGUGUGAUCCAAGCUUUCCCAGGAGCGAACUAGGUAGUAGUUUGCUUGAGGAAUUUACUCGAGAAGGCCAAGGAUGAAGAUAAAGUUAAAAAAGUUCAUCACAUGAAGCCAACAAACCAUAACUGGCAAGACAACUUAUGCGAGUUCGUCGUUUUACCACGUCACGUACACGUUGAUCAUCAAGCUUGCAGCAACUCAAGGUAAAACCGGAGACGAAGUGAUGAACUUACAACUGGGAAUAUUUGUGUCAUCAAAGGUAAAAUCGACAAUAAGAUAAUUGAAAUUGUUCCUCUGCACUGACGAGGACUACAACGUCCAACCGGGAAGCAC